GUGUUUGGGUCCCAGAAGACACCACCGGCCCCCGAGACGCAGAUGAGCUGAAGACCCUACAGACCCCUCUCCAACUCCAUGGGUGCUCCAAAUCCCACCACCCCAAUCCACCUCCAGCCCCCCCCCAAAGAUGGAUUGAAGCAAGCUGCUGACCAGAUGGAUGAGCUGGAUGCCAAGGUGAAGCCCCUUCUCUGAGGAAACCCUUACCGUGACUAGAGGAAGGGGCUCUCCCUCUCAUCCCACCCGGCCAUCAUGAACACCUCCGCGCCCCCUGCCGUCAGCCCCAACAUCACCGUCCUGGCACCCGGCAAAGGUCCCUGGCAAGUGGCUUUUAUUGGGAUCACCACAGGCCUCCUGUCUUUGGCCACCGUGACAGGCAACCUGCUGGUCCUCAUCUCCUUCAAGGUCAACACAGAGCUCAAGACCGUCAAUAACUAUUUCCUGCUCAGCCUGGCCUGUGCAGACCUCAUCAUCGGCACCUUCUCCAUGAACCUCUACACCACAUACCUGCUCAUGGGCCACUGGCCCCUGGGCACGCUGGCCUGUGACCUCUGGCUGGCCUUGGACUAUGUGGCCAGCAAUGCCUCCGUCAUGAAUCUGCUGCUCAUCAGCUUUGAUCGCUAUUUCUCGGUGACCCGGCCCUUGAGCUACCGGGCCAAGCGCACCCCUCGCCGGGCAGCUCUGAUGAUUAGCCUGGCCUGGCUGGUUUCUUUUGUCCUCUGGGCCCCAGCUAUCCUUUUCUGGCAGUACCUAGUAGGGAAACGGACAGUACUGGCCGGGGAGUGCUACAUCCAGUUCCUCUCCCAGCCCAUCAUCACCUUUGGCACGGCCAUGGCCGCCUUCUACCUCCCUGUCACCGUCAUGUGCGCGCUCUACUGGCGCAUUUACCGGGAGACGGAGAACCGGGCGCGGGAGCUGGCAGCCCUGCAGGGCUCGGAGACACCAGGCAAAGGGGGUGGCAGCAGCAGCAGCUCAGAGAGAUCUCAGCCGGGAGCUGAGGGCUCCCCAGACACCCCUCCCAGCCGCUGCUGUCCGUGCUGCCGCACCCCCAGGCUGCUGCAGGCCUACAGCUGGAAGGAGGAGGAGGAAGAGGACGAAGGCUCCAUGGAGUCCCUCACAUCCUCCGAGGGGGAGGAGCCCGGCUCCGAGGUAGUGAUCAAGAUGCCCAUGGUGGACCCCGAAGCCCAGGCUCCCACCAAACAGCCCCCCAAGACCUCCCCGAAUACAGUCAAGAGGCCCACCCGGAAAGGGAGGGACCGGUCCGGCAAAAGCCAGAAGCCCCGUGGGAAGGAACAGCUGAGCAAACGGAAGACUUUCUCCCUGGUCAAGGAGAAGAAGGCGGCUCGGACCCUGAGCGCCAUCCUGCUGGCCUUCAUCCUCACCUGGACGCCCUACAACAUCAUGGUGCUGGUGUCCACUUUCUGCAAGGACUGCGUCCCCGAGACCCUGUGGGAGCUGGGCUACUGGCUGUGCUACGUCAACAGCACCAUCAACCCCAUGUGCUACGCACUCUGUAACAAAGCCUUCCGGGACACCUUCCGCCUGCUGCUGCUCUGCCGCUGGGACAAGCGACGCUGGCGCAAGAUCCCCAAACGCCCCGGCUCCGUGCACCGCACCCCCUCCCGACAAUGCUGACUGGGGGGACCCUUCCCCCCACUCUCCCAGCAUCCUUCCACCCCAGCCCCAGUGAGAGGCCAGCGGCCAGUGGGCUGGUGGCUGCGUCCUCGGACCCAGGGCCCCUGCUCAGGUCUCGCCCAGCUCCCCCAUUUCCCCUGGGUCACCUCCCUGGGACAGACCUGCCAACUCCUCAGAACUUUUGCUAUUCCCAGGCAGGGAGUGGAAUUCAACCUGGGGGAACUGGCUUUUUUUUUUUUCUUUCUUUCUUUCUUUCUGUUCCCCGCUGUGUGGGAAUAGACUCUUCACCAGGAAGAAGGCUUGGGAGGAGGAUCCGGGCUUUGCACUCCUUGUUUGCUGUUUGAGUUUAGGCAGGAAGUCAGGAGCCAGUAGGGCGGGCCAGGAGUUUAAAGGGACGAUCUCCCUUCACCCAGCAGGGAGCCCAGAGUACUGGCAGUGAGGCCGCCCCUUCAUCUAGGGCUACAGUGGGGU